CGGAAAAACAAAGGUCGCGGCAAGCGACAUCCGUCGCUCAAAGAAUGCCUCGAUGCACAUGGCAGUGCCUUGACUGGCAGCCGCACGAUCACUUGCAAUGGGACGCCACGUUGCUCGCCAGAGCAAGAGGGACCGCCUUCCUGAAACAUGCGCCACUGGAGCUGCUCCAGGCUCAGACAUGGAGCAACUUGUCCUGGAUCGACCAACGGACUGAGCAGGCGCGGCCUUCUGAGGCCCAGGCGCCACGAAGGAGACUGGUGACAUCCUUUGAUGAUGAUGAGGAGAAAACGUACUUCAAGGUGGACUGCGACACAGGUAUGGUGGAAGGCUUCAAGUACUCCGAGAUCGCCGGGCCGACGCCCGACGCCAAGCUGCUUCCGCCGGGCCAGCUGCCGCCGUGCCUGCCAGGUGACAAUGUCUUCUGCACGCCAGAAGACGACGACCCUGUGUGCCAGCCUCCGCCACCGCCACCGCUGCCGCCCCCCAAGCCACCCAAGCCACCGGAAGGGUCAGAAGAGGAGUCGGAAGCGAUGAAGGAAGGCAGCGAACAAUUGAAUGACAUCUUUGGGCAAAUGGACGAAGCGCAAAAGGAAGGCGAAGGGGAGGGCGAAGGCGAAGGCGAAGGCGAAGGCGAAGGAGGCCCAAUAAAGUCGCCGGCCGACAUGCUGAAGGAGAAGUCAGGAGAAAGUGAAGACGGAGGUUCGAAAGAGAAAGCAGCUGAAAACGAAGGCGAGCCGCCUCCCCCGCCAGUGCCGCUACUGCCGCUACCUUUCUUCCCAAAGUUGAGGUGCUUGCCUGGCAAGGA